AUGGUUGAUUGCUAUUCCCCCCUUGUUCCAUUUUCUUCUGUGGAAAUACCGUUUGGAAAAAGUGUCACUGGGUAUAGAUACCUCAUACUGUAUCGGGCGAGGUGGGAAAACGGCAAAACGGGAACAAACGGCGCAUUCCAGUACACUUCAACCCACCUCAACCCAAGGUACCUUGAUCUUGAGGGAUGUAAAGAUAAGCUACACGAGGCUCCUUACGCACCAUUCAGGUGUGACUUGGGCCUGCUCCGUAUGCUCCUACUGACUGCUGUCCAUGGGCUGUUGCUUCUCUGUGUGUACGAAGUAUGUCUGUCCGUCGUCCGCCUUCCUACCUUAGUUCACGGCCUCACCGUCGUAGAUGGAGGUUACCUGACGUUAGUUCCGUUCCGCAAUCAAGGUCUUGUGUCAACUUUUGCCGGCGGUGCAGUAGCAACCACCACAGUUACCAGCACCUCCCUUUUCUGCAUGUGCUUUUCUCUCCUCUCCCUCUCCCCUUCUCCUCUUGCUCUAGACCAAGACAUCUGUUUCUCUAUCAACUUCUCCAUCUGCCAUCCACGAGAUCACAUAUCUCAUCGUCUUCGGGCCCACCCAUGUUUCCGCCGCACACCCGCCUGUGACGAGACUGGGACCGUCUGCACCGUCCCGACUACGACCAGCAACCUGCGCCUGUUUUAUUUCCGUCAAGCUGCUUGGACCGCACACACCCAGUCUCGUCUCCCCAGCAAGUACUGGCGACGCAGCUUGGCCACUGUAUCCGUACAAGAGCGAUCUGGACGGCAUUACUGCGUAUGGACAGUAUCGGACACGGCCUUCGAUAACCACCUCGCCACCAUAAUCCAUCACUUUGAUCACCUUACAGUGUGGCACUGGCGCAUCGCACCGGGAUUAAACCGCGAAAAUAACCCCAGCAAGGAUGCGGCCCCCACGUCCCCAGAAAAUGGCGUUCUAGAACAAAUUGGUGUGUGCCUUGGCUUGGUGAGUUGGUCCGUCUCUGGUGGUGUUCGCCCCUGGGAGUUGGGAACCGGCAACCAUCCACCUGCCACACCCAAACCCCAGCCCUGGCCCAGCUUAAUUGCCAGAACCGGCCGAGUCCAACAGCCAUUCGUGCGGGUGUCACAAGAGCCCCAAAAUCACCCCCUGGCCACGGCCUUUUACGGCUUGCGACAGCCAGGCAGAAAGAGAGACGAUGCUUACGGAUACCUUGGCCCGGGACGGAGGUCGACAUGCUGGUCUGCGUCUUCCGGUCAACCUUCCAUCCCGAAGCAAGCCCGCCGGCCAUCUUGUUGGGACGAUUUCCGGCCGCCGUCUCGAUUUGGGACGAUUAUCCCCAGCAAAGUUACCAUAGAGCUGUCUGGUGCCACAGCAAUCCAUCAUUUCGGUCGCGUGCGAGCCGGCGCAUCUCCCACUGGUCCAAACCUCGCGCUGGCCGAGACAAUGUGCACCAAACUCCAGGGUAUCAGUCAUGGUUCUUCGACGUUUGAGGCGAACCUCGAUAUUUCUGACAACUGGCGGGACUCUGGAGCGGCUUCCGGCGCAAGGUCCAUCUUUGCGGAGGAUCGAAACGAGCUCCAUUCGCCCGCAUUUUGGGCCUCUCUGCGAAAAUUCAAUUACCAGACUACAUAUGCAAAAAGACUUGUCGUGUCUGGGGAACCAAUAUCGGACCGGGCAGCUUGCUUUUCCCGACCUCGCGGUCCCGUUCCGUUCCCCAACUUCCCCUUGUCCCCGUGGUCUUCUGAUCUCAUUCAAUGCGGGGGAGCAUCCGAGAACCACGUCGUCUCCUCCCCAGAACAACCAUACAUGGAGCCAUUGGCUAAUCACUUGAUGAAGAGUCCGAACACAACCGCCAGCCGCUGCUACUUUCGGGGGAGUGGAAACGCUGUUCCCGUCUCACUCACACGCGACACCAUGGUGGAGGACGAAGAUCACUUCUUCUGUCGCCUCAUUUCCCCGUCUGGCAAGCCCAUCCCAUUAGCAUUGCGCUACUCUCUUUUCUCCGCCUUUUUCCAGCCGACGGACGAUACGCGAUGGCAUGAAAGGCCAAGUCAACUUCGUAGUCAGGCGGGCCCCAUUCAACGACGUGUAGUUGAGUGGGACGAUGGUUUAAAUCACUGCGCCAAUGACUACUCCCGAAGCCGCUCACCGACUGCCCGCUUGGACUCUGGGGUAUCGUCCGCCAUGACGUUGUUUGGAUUCCUUCUCGAAGCACUCCGCGAGCCCCCGAAGGCCGUUGAUGACGGACCGUUUUCUAGCGCGUCUGUCAAGAACGGUCUUCUCUUCAUGGCCCAUGGGGAAAUAAAGGUCCCAGGCAGCUACGGAUGUCUUUGCUUCUGGUUGGGAACUUUGGGCUCGGCUUCCUCAGUAGGGACCGAGUCCGCAACGUACCUUUUGUGCGUUCCGGAUCGAUCGACGCACCACCGGCAAGUGUCUUCGGGAAGGGGGAGAGGCGAGGAGGAAGAUGAGCCGAACAAGUGCUUUGCAUCCUCGGCUUCUCGAAUGCCACUUGCCUCGUGGGAGAUUCUUUUCCCAGAGCGGAGAGGACCUGAGUCUUACGCUCUACGACCGAGGAGAUGGAGGGGCACCCGUAAGAUUGAGAAAGGUCCACGCUCGACGCUGAGGUCGCAGUUCCUACGGCCGAGGCAUCGUGGUAGGAGGGUGGGUGUGAGCUCCAAACUCAGCUCUUCCGCUUGGACCUCGGGGGAAAGGAGGCAGAAGACUGACCAACGAGAACGUACUGCUAAGAUCCCGUUUCUUCGCUCUCUUGUUACUCUUUUGGAAUUCGAGUUCAAGUCAGUGAAGGGACUGUGGAGUAGAACCUGGCCUGCUAUUUUCCCCUUGGAUAUUGAGACACCAAUAUUUAUCGAUACAUCAUGCAAACUCUCAUCCAUACUUGACGAAGAUGCCUCUCGUGUGGACUUGGGCGGAAGUGCCAUUGACUUGAUGUUGAAUAUGUUUCCGUUGGCAUUCAACUCGGGGGUGUUCGUCAUAACACCCCUCAUCACAGCACGUUACGUGGAACAAAACGGAUCACCGCCUCCAGACAAGAUCAUGUUAAAUCAAGUCCCCGGUGCUUGUACAUAUCCCGUUCUCUUCCACCCUCGUUUCGUUGCCAUCGAGUGGUAUGUGUGUGGUACUCCUCCUCCCCGUGUCUCCAAAUCAUGUUUUCCAUCGUCCUUGAAGAAGAGAACUCGCUUCUCAUAA